AUGGUCAUGGUCAUUGGUGCGUAUGAUGCACCUGGUUCCAACGCGGAAUACAAGGCCCGGCAACAUGGGGAAUCGGCAUUCGGGAAGGGGAACUCUAAUAACAGUUUGAUGAUGAUCGGUUCAAAGAGCUUCUUCGCCGCUAUGGAGCUUCGAUUCGGUGAAUAUGGCCCUUCGAUUCGCGCUACUGUGGUCAGGUGGUCUCUUUACAACUGUGUCGUGGAAUUGUGGUCCUUGGAAUCUUGA